UCGGACACUAAAGAAGAAGAAGAAGAAGUUCGGAGCACGUGACAAAGAGCCGGAACUCCGUUUAUUUAUUAAUUUUUACGCUCCUAUUUAUUUAUUUAUUUAAUCUAUCUCACUAUUUAUUUGCAACCUAUUUAUUAGCUUACUUCAAGGAUCUACACAAACAUGAAAUUGCUGCUUGACUCCUCCUCUUCGCUGCUCUUCUCCGUCCUAUUGGCUCAGCUGCCGUUGUUUACGUCGGCGCUUCCCGCCCACACGCGACGUCCCCACGCCGAUUUCGACAAGCUGACCAACCAGACGAGGCAUCUGCAGAAGAUGACCCACGACCUGAUCAAUGACCACAAGGGUGAACCGGUGAUCGACCACCACAGGUUCAAGUCUCUUCCAGCCAUCAGCAGCAGAGCCAAUGACCUCAGCUCACUGGAGUUGAAGCCUACACUUUCUCAGCUCCAUGCUGACUUCAAGACCUUCGAGCACCAUUUCGAGUGGCUAAACAAGGUGACCCAAAAGCACCAUCACAACUCAGCGUCAAAGCUGGGUGAAAUGAUCUCGCACAUUCGGAGUCUCAUCAGCCUGCUACAGCGCCAGAUGCUGCAAGUGGACGCUCCUCGAAUCGCUGUAACUCCUCCCUCCCUCCCUGCUCAACCCUCUCAAUGGGAGAUGAAUCAAUCCACGCAGGUGCUUCUUCAGAGGUUCAGGCUUUUCUGUGAUUGGGCGGCACGUGCUUUCCUCAGCCUCAAGUCCAAAACACAGGCAUGAGGGCUGCCAUUUCAACCCCGCAGCCAAUCAGCGAAUGGCGUCCUCUCCAGCCGUUCCUCUGUCUCUGCCUCCACGAACUACCAGCCUGGUGCAUAUCUGAGCUGAUCCAAAUGGCAGCAGUGUUGUCGAUUUGAUCUGAUCUGAUCUGUAGUCAUCGGCACAUCGAAGCCACAGUGCAAACAUGAGAACUCCACCUGUCUUUACAGCUGGGAGUGUUUGGACUACAGCGACGCAUCACUGCUAACAGCCUGCUUCUCAUCUCUCAUCGACAUAACUUCAUCUAAAUUUUACUUUCUGCUCUCAUUUUUUCUUUAAUUCAACCUAUUCAUUAUUUAUGUAUUUAUUUAUUUAUUGAGUGGUUAUUUAGUUAUUUAUUUGGUGUCAUUAUUUAUUUGAUUCUUUGAGUAAAAAACAGUCAUUUUCUUUACAGUUAUGUUUAACUUCAAACAAAAAAUGUACUUCCUGGUUCUUUCUUUCCUAUAUUAUUGUCUUCUAACCAUUCUUCCAAAAAAAAAAAAAUCUGUUGAUAUGCGUCUUAUUUAACAAAUUGUAUUCUUCAUGUCUCUUUUCUUUUAAUUCGGGAGGCAUGUGUGUUCACGAUUGUUACCUAGAUUGUUUUGCCACUAGAUGUAGCAAUAUUGCUGGAUUUGCAAGGUGUCUGUUAUUGUAAGAUGAUAAAUUAGUAAAUGGCAGGAAAAAAAGUGUCACAUAGCACUGACCUACACCAUGGCUGCCUUUUUUUUAAAAAGAAAAAUCAUUUUUCUCUCCUUCUUUGCACAGUAUAAUUGGGUUUGUGUUUUGGAUCCUCUGAUUCAGAAGAUGUGCUUUGACGGCUAACCUGUUCUUAAGCAAUGUUAAAUGGGAAAAAAAAAAGACAAACAACCCAAGCCUUAAAAUACUAUGUAUUGUGAUAACGUGACUAUUUGGUAAUGUACAGGUGUACAUACAUCAUCCUGAAUGUAAAUUGUUAUGUACAGCGCAAAUGUGUCUAUAUUAUAUUAUAGUUUUCUAUGAUAUAAGGCCCCUUGCUCUGGCAAUUGUAUCGCAAUAUCAAAAAAUUAUUCUGUUUUGAUUCUUUUUUUUUUUCUUUUUUUUUUUUUUAGUAUUUUGAUAUACUAUUUAUUAUGAUUUCAUGUUAUUUAUUUUCACUGAAUAGAAGCAAGCCUUCUGUAAUUUUUAUACUUUUAUACUACUUAUAAUCAGACUUUAUCAUUGCUAUUGAAAUUUUAAUGUUCAACUCACAUGCUGUAAGUGGCAUUGCUGUUUGACAGAAAGGUGUCAAGAGUGUGGCCGAUACAAUAAAGGAGCUAAUAUGCACGA